AAAUGUUCCCCCCCGGGGUGGGGGUGGGGGGUUGGCAAAAUCACACUCUGUUGAGAACCGCUGCCUCAAGGGAAGUCAGCUGCCAUGUUCAGAAGACACUGAAGCAGCCCUAUGGAGAGGCUGACACAGUGAGGAACUGAGGCUUCCUGCCAACAGUGAGCCAUCUUUGAAGUGGAUCUACCAGCCUCAGUCAAGCCUUCGGCCAACGUCUUGACUGUAGCCUCAUGAGAGACUGCAAACCAAAACUACCCAACUAAACCAUACACGAAUUCCUGACCCACAGAAACUAUAAUAAAUGUUGUUUAGGCCACGAAGUAUUACCAUAAAAAUACACAUAUAAGGCUGAUAGUUACCGACUGAAAAAAUACCAAAACUUGUGAAGACACAUUAACACCUGCCAUGUACAUCUAUAGUCAUGUUUAUAGCAUAUGUAUGUAGGGUGCUUUUCUGGAUAGGGGAGUUCAUGGGUGGUGAAGACAGUUAACACUCUUAGCUGCUAACCAAAAGGUUAGAGGUUUGAGUUCACCCAGAGGUGGCUUGGAAGAAAGGCCUGGUGAUCUACUUCUAAAAAAUCAGCCAUCAAAAAUGCUAUGGAGCACAGUUCUACUCUGCACACAUUGGGUCACCAUGAGUUGGACUUGACGGCAACUGGUUUUUCUGAAUAGGAAACCUAUGAAUACUAUUACUAUUUUAAAAAAGCCUUUUAAUUGUAGCAGCAAGGCAAAAUUGAUUGAUGGUAAUACUAAAUUGUUACAGUGCAAUAUAUAAAACCAGACCAAUUGCCUUCAAGUCGAUUCCGACUCAUAGUGUCCCUAUGUGGUUAGUCUAAUAUUUCAGAUUUGCUUGAAAGGAGUUUAAAAAUUAAGGGAUAGCUAUUCAAAAACAUUUGUUAUUGAAAUUUUCAAGCACACAAAAGUAGAGAAAAUGUACCCAUAGUGAUAACAUUCUAAUGAGGCUUUGGAAAAUAAUCCCUUUUAAGAGAAAUAAAGUAAUCCACAUGUAAUAUUUUUGCAACAAUACGGGAUAACCAUUGCUCUUGAUGGAGAAGUAUAUCAUUUCACAUUUGCAAUCAAAGAAAUAUGUUAACUGACACCCACGUAACUUUUAAAGCUUCAGUGAAGAAAUAUAAAAUCAUUCUAUUUUCAAAUGGAACUUGUAGCAGAUAAAGAUUAAUGGCAUUUCACAUUUUAAUCACAACAUGGUUUUGGAUUUUUAGAUUGCAUAUCUAAGUGAAUUUCCACAUUGUUUGAAUAUAAAUUUUCAUCAAUCCUAGUGAAAACUGAAGCAGCUGUGAAAAACAUUUUUGCUGUAGUAAUUUAGAAGCUUUUGCAGUAGGAAUUGAGCCAAAUGAGGAAUGGUAAGUAUCUGGCAUGUGUGCUGCCAUUUUCUGAGUCCCAGGCCCAUGGCUAAUGUUCCUAAUAAAUCUUAUCACAAUUACUUUUUCCUGUCUGUAUGAGAUUUUUAUGAAAAUACUGAAUUUGCAUUAAAGUUCUUGAACCGUAAAUUUGUAAGGCAAAGUAAGUGAUCAAUUAAAUGACUGUUUUCUCCAUUCUGGGCUACUUCCCUAUUGAUAAGGUUUUUCAAAUCUCAUUUAGGCUUGAAGGCUCUUUGAGAAGAAUUUUAGAAACUGGAAAACUGAGGAUUGCUUGUAUUGCAUCUACUUGUAACCAUUGUGUUAAUUACAUCUGAUGUUCUUCCUGUGGAUGUGAACGUUUUACUUGCUGCUUUUGAUACAAAGACUGAGUUACGUGUGGCAGUGAAGAAGCUCUCCAGACCAUUUCAGUCCAUCAUUCAUGCCAAAAGGACCUACAGAGAACUACGAUUACUUAAACAUAUGAAACAUGAAAAUGUUAUUGGUCUGUUGGAUGUAUUUACACCUGCAAGGUCUCUGGAGGAAUUCAAUGAUGUGUAUCUGGUGACCCAUCUCAUGGGCGCAGAUCUGAACAACAUUGUGAAAUGUCAGAAGCUUACAGAUGACCACGUACAGUUCCUUAUCUACCAAAUUCUCCGAGGCCUAAAGUAUAUUCAUUCAGCCGACAUAAUUCACAGGGACCUAAAGCCUAGUAAUCUAGCUGUGAAUGAAGACUGUGAGCUGAAGAUCCUGGAUUUUGGACUGGCUCGGCAUACAGAUGACGAAAUGACAGGCUAUGUGGCCACCAGGUGGUAUAGGGCUCCUGAGAUCAUGCUGAACUGGAUGCAUUACAACCAGACAGUUGAUAUUUGGUCAGUGGGAUGCAUAAUGGCCGAGCUGUUGACUGGAAGAACAUUGUUUCCUGGUACAGACCAUAUUAACCAGCUUCAGCAGAUUAUGCGUCUGACGGGGACACCCCCUGCUUAUCUCAUUAACAGGAUGCCAAGCCAUGAGGCAAGAAACUAUAUUCAGUCUUUGACCCAGAUGCCGAAGAUGAACUUUGCAAAUGUAUUUAUUGGUGCCAAUCCCCUGGCUGUCGACUUGCUGGAGAAGAUGCUUGUAUUGGACUCAGAUAAGAGAAUCACAGCAGCCCAAGCCCUUGCACAUGCCUACUUUGCUCAGUACCACGAUCCUGAUGAUGAACCAGUGGCCGAUCCUUAUGACCAGUCUUUUGAAAGCAGGGACCUCCUGAUAGAUGAGUGGAAAAGCCUGACCUAUGAUGAAGUCAUCAGCUUUGUGCCACCACCCCUUGACCAAGAAGAGAUGGAGUCCUGAGAACCUAGUUCCUGUUCUGUUGAUCCCACUUCACUGUGAGAGGAAGGCCUUUUCGUGGGAACUCUCCAAAUAUCAUUCAAGUGCCUCUUGUUGCAGAUUUCCUCCAUGGUGGAAGGGGUGUGUGUGUUUGUGUGUAUGUGUGUGUGUUAGUGCGUGUGCAUGUGUGUGUUCUCUUUGUGGUAAGAGAAUAUGAGCAAACUAUGAUCACAGUGACUUUACGUGGCAUUGAAAUCACUCUGCGGCAGCCUCUGGCUGCUCUUCUUUGUGAGAGUCGGCUCAGGCGUUAAAUGCAAAGUAAAAAUAUUAGAUGUCCCAGAUCCCGGUCAUACUUUUGCCAUUUUGGCCUCUCCUGUGGUCCCACCUUGAUGGUGGGUAGGUUUGACCACAUCCCACAGUGGCCCAGAGGGAAGGCUCACACCUUCUGGCUGCUUCAGAUCCGAAGCUGUCCCUCAGCAGUGUGUACAGCCACAACGGACCAGCUGGCUUCUGUGCACUAACCUGUGAUGAACUUGCUUAGUAUCAUCCUCAGAACUUGACAGGUGUAUCUGAAACUGUAAAUUUGUUUGUGCCUUAAAAGGAGAGAAAAAGGUGUGGAUAGUUAAGGGAGUGCAGCAGAUGAAGUUCUGAGCCAGGCAAGUAGAUAGGAUUGUCGGACGGCCACUUGUGAACCCAUAGUGACCAGGGAGCCUUCAGAGGCAGCGUAUGUGUAUGAACGAGCAUGCGUAUAUGUGUGUCUGUUUCUCUCUCACCCCCAGGUGGUGUCGCCAUUUCUCUGCUUACCCCUCACCUUCCGCACAGAGGUUUCUUGAGUAUUGGCCCCAGUAGCCAGAAGCAAGUUCUUUCUGUCAGUGUAUUCCUGUGUGCUCUUUAUUCCUAGCAGAGUGAGGAUGUGUUUUGCAUGUCUUGCUAUUUGAGCAUGCACAGCUGCUUGUCCUGUUCUCCUCGGGAGGCCCUGGUGCCAGGCACGUUUGCCAGUGAAGACUUGUUGGGUAGUUCAGACCCUGUGUCACCUCAGCUGAUGUUAUGGGCAGGUGACAUCAUUCUUUCUUCAGCCCCCAGCGCUAUUUUGUGUUGGACACAACUGUACUCCAGGUGCUUUUGAUGUGAAAACCAUAAAGAAAUGGAACAGAUGUUAUGUCUAGCAUUUUAAUUCUUGCCAUCCUAGUUUUCAAUGAACUAAUUUUGGGGAGCUGUCAUGGGAAAGAUCAGAGCUUUUCCCAAGAAUAUCCCAAACUUUGGAAAACAAGUUCUCUUCACUCCCAAUAACCAGUGCUAAGGAAUGCUGAAAAUCAAAGUGAAAAAUAAAAGCUCAUGAGGCCAGAAACUCAUUUUGCUAUCUUUCUCUAAAUAUGGUUGUAAGAAAAAUAACAAGGAUUUCC